CCUGUGCUUUCAGAAACACUUCUUGUCUUUCCACUGAUCAUUGUUCAACGUUAUCCACCACGUCUAUCCACUCAAAAUGUGUUGUCCCCCCCUUUGCUGCUCUGACUGCGUCCUUGUGAUUGUGGGUCUAUUUUUCCCUCCUCUACCAGUCAUGAUAAGAAGAGGUAUUUGCUCUGUUGACACUUUGAUCAACAUUGCACUCUGUUGUCUAGGUAUCAUUCCUGGAAUUCUCCAUAGUUGGUAUAUCAUCUCUCGCUACCCCCCUGAUUACAUCUAUAUUGACGAGGAACAGCAAUUUUACUAUCCUUCUCCAAACAGAUCAAACCAAAACAUCGCUUACCCUUCUCCUUUACUCAUCGAUGUCUCUCGCCAACAAUCAUCACCUCAUAACUGCCAACAUCACCAAAAUCACCAACAGCAAUUAGCCCAAAAAAACCAAAGCAUUCAACCUUUGGUUUCCCACUCCACUCAAACUUACCAACCAAACCAUUCUCAGUCCCAAUCCCAAUCUCAAUCUCAAAUCCAAAUUCAAAAUCAAAAUCAAUACCAAAAUCAACCUCAACCUCAACCUCAAAAUCAAUCAAACUAUGGCUCAACUUCAAAUGACAACAACCCACAAGGUCCUCCUCCUGCCUAUAACGAAGUUUUAAAUGAAUCUUCUGUUUACAAAUAAAAUUACUAAUACAUUAUCACAAAGUAUUACAAAGUAUUACGAAUUAUAACAUAUACUCAAAAC